AUGAACUCUAUUCGCCCAUGCAUUCUCUCCUCCUCUGUCGCUCUCACGCGAACCCUUAGAGCGCCUCCUUCAACGCGCCUCGACUUCAUCAGAAUCGCCUCCCUUAGCAGAACAGCUUCAACCUACAACAAAGUAUCCGAUGUCAUCAAGACUGACCACCGCGAGCUUGAAGACUACUAUGACAAGAUGAUGCGGGCUACCGACGAUGACACCAAGACCAGAUGGCAGAACCAAUUCUGCUGGGAACUUGCUCGACACUCAAUUGCUGAAGAGCUCGUCGUGUAUCCUGCCAUGGAGAAGAACCUUGGUGUGACGGGCAAGGACCAAGCUGAGAAAGACCGUGCACAGCAUCAGACUCUCAAAGAACACCUCAAAACCUUCCAAAACCUAGAAACCACCGACCCUAGUUUCGAACCCACCAUCAAAGCGCUCAUGGCCGACUUGUCCCAGCACAUAAAGGAGGAAGAAGGCUCCGAUCUCCCAGAGCUCGAGAAAGCACUUACAGCGGACGACAGCGCCGGCCUUGCCAAAUCCUUCGAACGCACCAAGAUGUUCGUCCCUAGCCGCAGUCAUCCCAGUGCACCUAACCGACCACCCUUUGAGACGCUGGCUGGGUUAUUAGCCGCGCCGAUGGAUAAAAUUGGGGAUCUGUUCCGCAAAUUUCCGAAGAAUAAAGAUUGA